AUGGAAAUAGAAGGAGAUUUAUAUGAGAGUGGGGAUAAGAAUGAGACACAUGAACUGCAAGACUGUGAAGAAGAAACUUUUGGUGAUAAUGUUGUAGAAUCUUUAAGUAGCUGGGAAUGGAGACGAAAGAUACAGGUGGUUCAACUUAUUUGUUAUGUUGUUCGCAUCCUUUACAUGAUGGGAAUGACAUUCCAUUCACACCAUGUGAAUAGGGCAAUAAAUGAUAUUGAUGGGGAAAAACUUAGUAUGCGUGAACAACUAAUGAAAAAACUUGCUUCUAAUGAGAAUUGUCGAGAUAUAUUACGUAUGGGACCAUAUGCAUUUACUAAAUUGUGUAACAUACUUCGUUCCACUGGUCGUCUCAAGGACAAUAGAAAUGUUUUGGUUGAGGAGAAAGUAGCAAAGUUUCUUUAUAUCUUGUCGCAUAAUGUGAAGAAUCGUGCCAUUCAAUUCUUCUUUAUUCGAUCUGGCGAGACCAUUAGUCGUCAUUUUCAUGAUGUACUAAAAGCAAUAAUCAGUUUAGAAGAUUUAUACCUACAACCACCAAGAGGUUCCGAAGUCCCUCCAGAAAUACGCCAUAGUAGUAGAUUUUAUCUCUAUUUCAAGGAUUGUGUAGGAGCCAUAGAUGGGACUCAUAUUCGUGUGAAAGUAUCUAAAAAAGAUGCACCAAGAUAUCGGGGAAGAAAAGACUAUCCAACACAAAAUGUCCUAGCGGCAUGCUCGUUUGACAUGAAAUUUACAUAUGUUUUGCCUGGGUGGGAAGGAACGGCAUCUGAUUCAAGGGUCAUAAAAAAUGCCCUUUCAGAACGAGAAGAAAAAUUAAUAAUCCCUGAAGGUAAAUAUUAUUUAGUGGAUGGAGGUUAUAUGUUAACGAGUGGACUAAUAACUCCAUAUAGAGGUGUUCGGUAUCAUUUGAAAGAAUACUCAUCACGUGCACCAGAAAAUGCUCAAGAAUUAUUUAGUCUUCGACAUUCUUCCUUGCGCAAUGUAAUUGAAAGAGUAUUUGGAGUGCUUAAAAAACGAUUUCCAAUUAUUUCAACGGGUGCAGAGGCUCAUUACCCAGUUGAUACAGUUACAGAGAUUGUUUUAGCAUAUUGUAUCCUACAUAAUUAUCUAAUGGGUGUAGAUCCUGAUGAAAGAUUGAUUGAAGAAGUUGAACGAGACCUCAUGAACAUGGAUGUACAUAAUGAUGGGGAGAGAUACACACUCAUUAAUGAUGACGAAGCUAAGCAAGGAUCAAUUAUAAGGAAUGCCAUAGCAGCUAACAUGUGGGAGGACUACGAACUAUGA